CGAAUUAAAAAAAAAUGGUUUACAAAUGACAACAUAGUUCGAGGUUAUCCAAAUUGUAAAUCAAAACAAGUUGUGUUUUGUAAACUAAUUACUUACUUUUUAUUCAUUUAAAUACGAAGAUGUCUACUACCUGUAAAUAUUGCAAAGAAGAAGAAAGCAAGCAGUACCGGCCAGGGCUUGUAUGUGGGACUUGUUCGUGUUUUGUGCACCUUUCAUGUUUACAAAGGCCCGGCACUCCGGGAGACUUUGUUACGGAUGUGUUUUUUGAUUUCAUUUGCGAAGAUUGCGCACCAAAUAAGAGCGAAGUCUUUACUAGAAACAAGUUUCCUUGGGCUAUUGUUAUCUACUUGACACUGAAUCACCUGAGCAACAACCUGUAUGGGAUUAGCAACCAUGGGUACUUCCACUAUAAAACCCAUAUCUGCUCGUUCAUUGACAGAAACUGGCAAGCACUGUUUGGUGCACAUUCGAAACAGAAAAAGAACUGGGUGGGAACCAUAGCAGGAGUUUUGUCAGUGUACAAUAAAUUAUUCUUCAAGUCAGGAUCACCAGUACUCGGAGAAACUGGCUGGUGGAAGCUUCUCCACAAAUUCUCACCAGCUGUUGCUGCUCAUAUUCUACAAGAAGCGGCGCGCGAGAAACCUAAACACCGUCAGCACAAUCGCAUGUCUUUGGAUAAACCAAUGUUCCUGAGCAAAAUAGUCGAAAUGGGAUACAAGGACCUAAUUAACAAUGAUACGGAAUCUGAUACGUAUCCGUGCAAGAAGCGACGCAUCGAGUCCGACGAGUUGAGCGGUGUCUCCAGCGCCUCCUGCCAAGACAAUCCUGACUCAGACAGCAGAAAUGAGAUAUUAGAUGAUAGUGUAAAUGAAGAUUCAUUGCACAGUACACCUAAAGAAUCGACCUUCUCCAAUUUGGAAUUUAAAAAUUUCGAUUUCUUACCAACCAACCAGCUAUUACCAGCACAAAGUGAUUCAUCAAGCGUAAUAUCAAUUCAACAAUCAGGAUUAUACUACGAUUCGGAUUCGCAAAGCUCAGAACACGAGAAAAAGCUUCAAGAAUCGAAACAAAAGAAGGUAGAAGACAAACCAUAUUUAAAAAGAGAAUCCCUCUUCUCUACUCAACUCAACUCUGUGGACAUGCCUUGGGUGGAAAAACUUCCAGAGCCAAGCCCAAAUAUAGUAGAAAUGACACAGUACGAAGAGAUACAGUUGUUGAAACAAGUUGAGACUAUGAUACCCAAAGUAAAGGAUGUUAACAAAAAGGCCUAUCUAUGCAGGCUAAAGGCAAAGCUAGCUUUAAGAAGGUUGAAGAGACAUAAGCAUUUGCCUAUAUUUGAUAUGGACAGGGCUGUGAAGCUGCUCGGAGGUUACGUUACAGAUGACGCGACGACUUCGGCGAAUGCGGAAAGAGUAUUGGACAGAUUCCAAAGAUCGUAUCUCAUGGACAACCUGUGCGGCACGAUAGCCAGCACAAACUACGGCACGCUGCUCCUGUCGCACGUGGAAGCCGCGCCGAUCAGGUCCGCGUACUCGGGGGCCACACUCAAGCCGUACAUACGGAGGGACGCGGACACCAAGCCGCUUUGGAUUAAACUCACCGAUGAGCUUCUCAGGAAGACUAAUAAGCAUAUAAAAGGCUACGAGCCGCCACCGCCAGCGACCAUAGACUACUCGUACGUGAAACCUCAGCACAUAGCGGCCGUCAACAAUCUAUGCGCGCAGUUCUUCUGGCCUGGUAUAGACCUGACCGAAGCGCUUCAAUACCCCGAAUUCAGCUGUGUGGUCACGUACAAGAAGCUGAUGGUGGGUUGCGCGUUCCUGGUGCCAGAUGCUGAUUACAACACUGCCUACAUCUCCUUCGUGCUGACUAGGCCCGAGUGGAGGAACGCCAAGAUAGCUUCAUUCAUGUUGUAUCACUUGUUACAGACUUGCAGCGAUAAAGAUGUUACCCUGCAUGUGUCGCCGACAAACCCCGCCAUAUUCCUCUACCAGAAGUUUGGGUUCAAAGUGGAGGAGCUAAUACAGGAUUUCUACGAGAAAUACUACGACAUCGAGUACAAGGGAUGCCGGCACGCACUGUUUUUGCGUCUCGUUCGAUGAAUAAACACUUAACCGUA